AAACCGUCUUCAUCUUUUCUCCGUCAAAAUUCGAACUUUCAUAAAAUCGGGUCGCUUUAUUUGGUACUUUCUUUGCUUUCAGAGGAAGCUGAGAAAAGAAAAAAGAAAGAUUAUCUUGUUUAUUUCUCCAUAGUAAACUAUGGCGAAUCGAACGGGUGAUUUGGUAGAGGCAGUGCAGGAGGCUCACAAAAUCGAUGUUAAGGCCUUGUUUGGCUAUGCCUCAGCUAAUGUUCCUGGAUUUCCUCUCUCUCCCUCAAAAUUCAACCUCUCUCAGUUCGGACAUGGACAAUCGAAUCCGACGUAUUUGAUGGAAGUGGAAACGGGAAGUGGAACUGUAAAACGCUACGUUUUAAGGAAGAAACCUCCUGGGAAGCUGCUUCAAUCUGCUCAUGCUGUUGAGAGAGAAUUUCAGGUUCUUAAGGCCCUGGGGGAUAAUACAAAUGUGCCAGUUCCGAAGGUCUUCUGUUUGUGUAACGAUCCAACUGUAAUUGGAACUGCAUUUUACAUCAUGGAGUACUUGGAAGGUCGGAUAUUUGUAGACCCAAGUCUACCGGGUGUACCACCCGAGAGGAGGCGGGCAAUAUAUCAAGCAACUGCUAAAGUGCUAGCGUCGUUACAUUCUGCUAAUAUUGAUGCCAUUGGUUUGGGAAGCUAUGGGCGGCGAGACAACUAUUGUAAAAGACAGAUAGAGAGAUGGUUUAAGCAAUACCUUGCUUCAACUAGCGAGGGAAAACCUGAGAGAUAUCCCAAGAUGUUUGAGCUGGUUGAUUGGUUGCGGAAGAAUAUUCCUCCAGAAGAUGCAUCAGGUGCAACAGGAGGCCUAGUUCAUGGAGAUUUCCGUGUUGAUAAUGUUGUUUUUCAUCCAACUGAGGAUCGUGUCAUUGGUAUUCUUGAUUGGGAACUGUCUACUAUUGGAAACCAAAUGUGCGAUGUUGCAUACAGCUGCAUGCCUUACAUUACACAAGCAGGGCUUGGUUCAGAUGAACUGGUUAAAGGUUUUGAGAUCAUUGGGAUUCCUGAAGGGAUACCUACACAGGCUGAAUUUCUGGCAGAAUACUGCCUUGAAUCUGGGAAAGCAUGGCCUGUCUCUGAAUGGAAGUUCUAUGUUGCAUUUUCCCUGUUCCGUGGAGCAUCUAUCUACACAGGAGUGUAUAAUAGAUGGCUAAUGGGUAAUGCAUCAGGAGGUAAACGUGCAGAACAUGCAGGACGUCAUGCUAAGAGUCUCGUAGAUUCUGCUUUGGAUUUUAUCUCAAAGAAGACGGUGCUUCCAGAGCAACCCCCCUCUGUUUCACGAGGUAGUAGGCAAUACGGGACUGAGAACAAAGCUCAAGGCCUUCCAGAAGGAAGCGGGAGGUUUGUUCCUAGUAAAAAGAUUCAGGAAUUGAGAAACAAAUUGAUUCAGUUCAUGGAAGUUCACAUUUAUCCCUUGGAAAAUGAAUUCAACAAACUUGCAAGGUCUGAUUUACGUUGGACAGUGCAUCCAGAGGAGGAGAGGUUAAAAGAGCUUGCAAAGAAAGAAGGAUUGUGGAACUUAUGGAUUCCUUUUGAUAGUGCUGCUAGGGCAAAAGAACUUAUUUUUAAUGGGAGUGCUCACUGCACACAUGAUCGUUUACUUGGUGCGGGCCUCUCAAACCUUGAAUAUGGAUACCUUUGUGAGAUUAUGGGUCGCUCCCUUUGGGCUCCGCAGAUCUUUAAUUGUGGUGCACCAGACACUGGGAAUAUGGAGGUAUUGUUGCGAUAUGGGACUAAAGAACAGCUAAACGAAUGGCUUGUUCCACUGCUUGAGGGGAAAGUACGCUCUGCAUUUGCAAUGACAGAACCACAAGUUGCUUCCUCAGAUGCAACCAAUAUCGAGUGUUCUAUCAAAAGACAAGGAGACUCGUAUAUCAUCAAUGGGACCAAGUGGUGGACGAGUGGAGCUAUGGAUCCAAGAUGCAGAAUUCUUAUACUCAUGGGAAAAACUGACUUCACUGCUCCCAAGCACAAGCAGCAAUCCAUGAUCUUAGUGGACAUUAAGACUCCAGGGAUAUGCGUAAAGAGACCACUAACAGUAUUUGGCUUUGAUGAUGCUCCUCAUGGACACGCUGAAGUUUCUUUUGAGAAUGUUCGUGUGCCAGCAAAGAAUAUUCUAUUGGGAGAAGGACGCGGCUUUGAGAUUGCCCAGGGAAGACUUGGCCCCGGAAGACUGCACCACUGCAUGAGACUGAUUGGCACUGCUGAGCGUGGCAUGCAGUUAAUGGCUGAAAGGGCUCUUAAUCGGAAAACAUUUGGAAAAUAUAUUGCCCAACAUGGUUCAUUUCUUUCGGAUUUUGCAAAGUGUCGAAUAGAACUAGAGCAGACUAGGUUAUUGGUUCUUGAAGCGGCUGACCAGCUCGAUCGACUUGGAAACAAGAAAGCCCGUGGAACCAUUGCAAUGGCGAAGGUAGCAGCUCCGAACAUGGCCCUGAAGGUACUGGACAGGGCAAUACAAGUACAUGGUGGAGCCGGGGUAUCAUCCGACACCGUUUUGGCACACCUGUGGGCAUCAGCAAGAACAUUGAGAAUCGCUGAUGGACCUGAUGAAGUGCACUUGGGUACCAUUGCUCAGUUAGAACUACGAAGAGCAAAGCUUUGAAGGAUCUUGAAACUAUGAUCAUCACACAAAAAUACUUUUUUUUUGUUCUUCUUGCAGUCUCGAAGAUAAAAAAUAAGGAAAAGGAAUCCAAAAAAUUGGGCAUUUUCUUAGUAAUAUUAUGGAAUUAUUAUGAAAGAUAAUAAUAAUAAUAAUAAUCAUUUAUGUAGUUAUUUGUUUA